UUCGCCAGGCGCGCGGAGCUGCAGGGAUGGCGGUUACCGCCGAGGGCGCCCGCAGGAAGGAGCGUGUCCUCUGCUUGUUUGACGUGGACGGGACGCUCACGCCGGCUCGCCAGAAAAUUGACCCAGAGGUGGCUGCCUUCCUACAGAAGCUGCGGAGUCGGGUACAGAUUGGUGUGGUGGGCGGCUCCGACUACUCCAAGAUUGCCGAGCAGCUGGGUGAGGGGGACGAAGUCAUCGAGAAGUUUGAUUACGUGUUUGCUGAGAACGGGACGGUUCAAUAUAAACAGGGACGGCUGCUCUCCAAGCAGACCAUCCAGAACCACCUGGGGGAGGAGCUGCUGCAGGACUUGAUCAACUUCUGCCUGAACUACAUGGCCCUGCUUAGACUUCCCAAGAAGCGUGGAACCUUCAUUGAGUUCCGGAAUGGCAUGCUGAACGUCUCCCCCAUUGGCCGCAGCUGCACCCUGGAGGAGCGCAUUGAGUUCUCCGAGCUGGACAAGAAGGAGAAAAUCCGGGAGAAGUUUGUGGAAGCCCUGAAAACGGAGUUUGCUGGCAAAGGGCUGAGGUUCUCGCGAGGAGGAAUGAUCAGCUUCGACGUCUUCCCUGAGGGCUGGGACAAGCGCUGUUGCCUGGACGCCCUGGACCAGGACAGCUUCGACACCAUCCACUUUUUUGGGAACGAGACUAGUCCUGGUGGGAACGACUUUGAGAUCUAUGCGGACCCCCGGACCGUCGGGCACAGCGUGGUCUCCCCACAGGACACGGUGCAACGAUGCCGUGAGAUCUUCUUCCCAGAGACAGCCCACGAGGCGUGACCAGGGCUGCACCUGCCCAUCUUGCAACUUAGAGCCCUCAGCCCAGGCUGAAGAGAAACCCUGGCCCCGGUGUGGGGCUGACAGGGAC